AACGUCAGUGGCGGAGCUCUGGCUGUCACCUGGAGCAGGAGGAGGAUGGAGCCGGAGCGGAGAGAGGCCGAGGCUCCGUUCAGCUUCACCCCGCAGCUCGUCCGCCUGCACAAGGACCACGAACUGUUCGAGGAUGGAGACAUCCACAGACACAUGUACCUGCAGGACCUCUACAUCUCCCAGGAAGACGAGCCCACCACCAGCGUCUCAGAGUUCGCCUGUCACAUCUCGGGCUGCAGCGCUGUCUUCAUUGCUCUGGAGGAGUACGAGCACCACUACAACUCCCUGCACCGGCACGUCUGCUGCUCCUGCCGUCGCUCGCUGCCAAGCGCCCGACUCCUCGACAUCCACAUUCAGGAGUGGCACGACUCUCUCUUCACUGUUCUCGCCCAGAGGCAAGACAUGUACCAGUGUUUGGUCGAGGGCUGUGGACACAAGUUUAGGACGAGUAAUCACAGGAAGGAACAUCUGAUAAGAAUUCACAAAUAUCCUCCAGACUUCAGAUUUGACAAACCCAAAAAGGACAGAGGAACCAGAGAGACAAAGAGGCCGCCGCAGAAAGACAUCUCCAUGGAGGAAGUGGGCGAUGUGUGUGAGUCGGAGGGUGUGUGCGAGGUUAUGUGCGAUGUGUUGUCCGAGCAGCCUGAGCCUGGAGAGUCCAUGGAGACGCUUGUGGAGGAAGCAGCUGCUCACUUGACAAAGGCGGCCGAUGCUGGGGAGGACACAGGUCUCUCUGCUGCGGUCCACAGCCAAGAGUGUCCGAACAAAGAGACACUGAAACCACAAUACUCCUACAGAGUCCCUUCGACCGUGUGCUUUGGUCACGGCUCCAUCCGAGGCUUCAGAGGACGGCGUGGGAGGAGGAAAUGAAAUGCCAGACCUCCGCCUUCUGUUUGAUGUUCCUUUUUAAGACUCAAUGCCCUUGUCUAUAGUAACAGAAUGUAUUCACCAUCACAUGUGUCUUUAAUGUAUAAUAAAAAUAGCCUUCGCUAAAAAGAAGCAACGUGCAUACGCAUUCGUUUAAGUGAUCGAGAACACAUUUUGGUGCGUGUACUUUUUACACACAAUCUCGUUCCUCUUCCUGGUGUUGACACCCAGCCUGUCAGCAGACUGUUCAC